CGCUCGUUACGAUCAUCACUGUGCAGUAUACUCAUCUACUUGCUUCGAAAUCACCAGCUAAGUUACUGUAUUGUGCUUGAUAGCGUUUCUGGAACUCUUAGAUUUUUCAGCGAGUUUUUUGUUGGUACCAAGUAGACGAAAUGGCUGCGACCAUGGCGACCAUGGCGACCAUGAAUGUUGUUGCUUCCAGCGCUGUUGCUGCGACAGCCUCGGCCCCAGUGGCCGCAUCUGCCUCGAAAAAUGUGUCGGUGGGCUCAUUCCGGGGUAGCUGCCUGGUUGUUAGACGAGUAGUGGGUGCGCCCAUGAGGAGGGUCGUGCAAGUCCGUGCCGAGGACAAGGGAGUGGGGAAGACCUUGCAGGACAUGGGAGAGGAUUUGUCUGCUAAUGUGAAGAAGACCGCCGAAAACGUUAGAGACAAUCUGCAAGGAGCUCAGUCUGACGCCAUAAGCAACGCCCAGAACGCCGGAAGCACUGCUCAGAGCAAGGCGAAGCAGGGGGCCAACGAGGCCGACAACUUGGCCACCAAGAUUUCAAACCAGGCCGAGGAUUUGAAGGAUCAGUUGUUCAGUGCCGGCAAAGACGCCCAGAAGGAUGCCGAGAAGAAUGUGAACAAGGCUAAGAACGCUGCUAACUCCACAGGCGCGGAUGUGCAGAACAAAGCAGGAAACAUCCUCGACAAUGUGCAGCAAGGAGUUAGCGACGCUACCGAGAGCAUCAAGGACUCCUUCAGUGGCAACAAGAACUAAGUUAGCAUUGCACCGAGAUCUGUCUACGAGCCAUCAACAACGAGUGUAUUGUACAUGGGCUGAAGCUUGUAAAGUAGUAGCAAACUGUGGACAUCGUCUAUGCUGUAAAUUUUGCUAAAUUCUGUGGAGAAACUAAAUAAAGUUUUGGAUUUCUCAUUUUCGUGCCA